AUGCCACAUUUACCCAACGACACCGGGUUUACGUACCCAGGCACGCCCGACGGGAAGCGUCUUUCUGUCCAGGUCAAGAACCGUCGCAAGCGGUACCUCGACCAGCACCCAGAAUACUUCUCGGCGGAGCUCGAGCUAGCCGACCCCUUGUUGUACGAUCGCCUCAUCCGCCGAUUCCAGACGUCGCAGGAAAGAGAGGCCGACGGCCGCGAGAAAGGCUUCUCGGGUAUCUUGCAGGCAGACUUGAUGCGCUCUGAGGCGAAGAUAGAUGCGCUGGCACACCCGGAUCCCCAAGCCAUGUUCAGCUACACCCGCGGACCGGAUGGGGAGAUACUGGCCGAGGACCGUGACGACAUCCCUACCAGCAAGGAGGACGGAGAGGAAGCUUGGAAGUGGGAGAUGGGAUUGCGAUUUAUACGGGGUGGUGACAUGGAUUUCGACUAUAAGACCGUCGACGAAAACGAAGAGUACGAUGACUUGUCGGAGGAGCAGGACAAAUACUUUGCAGAUGAGGAGCCGGAGUGGGUAGUCGGUGAUGUCCGUGGCGAAGAGGCUAAGGCCCAACUUCAAGGCGAGACUGGCAUUCAGGAUUUUUGA